GAACGAGGAACUGAGAGAGAGAGAGAGAGAGAGAGAGAAACGCGUGUGUAGAAGAGGUUUGAUUUGAAUACCAUAGGUGACGGGCUGAGUUGGAAGAACAGUCGGGGAACGAUUACAAACAACAUCACUUGGGUACAGUGCAAGGUAUUCCCGGAUAGCAAGAAGAGGAGAUACAUCGGUUUAUUGUUUUGUGGCUACUAUAAAACAACCUCGUUUGAACUUUUUGAUCUGACGGUCAUGACGGCAGUUGUUGAUAUGAAACCAACGUUAACCAUAAUAAAGUCCGAAAAGGUGGACGAUCUGGAGUGCGCCGACGUUCCGUUGCUUACCCCUGGGAGUAAAGAGAUGAUGUCACAGGCUCUGAAAGCCACCUUCAGCGGAUUCACCAAGGAGCAGCAGAGACUGGGAAUACCCAAAGAUCCCAGGCAGUGGACCGAGAACCACGUAGCGGAGUGGCUGAUGUGGACGGUGAACGAGUUCAGCCUGAAGAACGUGGACUUCCACAAGUUCUGCGUGAACGGAGCCAGCCUCUGCGGGCUGGGGAAGGAGCGCUUUCUGGAGCUGGCGCCCGACUUUGUGGGAGACAUUCUGUGGGAGCACUUAGAGAUGCUUCAGAAAGAAGAUUCAAAGCAUUUUCCAGUCAACGGCCUGACCUCUGCUUUUCAGGAUUCUCAUUAUACCUCAGAUUACUUUGUCAGUUACGGCAUUGAGCACGCCCAGUGCGUACCCCCGUCGGAAUACUCAGAGCCAGGCUUCAUCACGGAAUCCUACCAGACCCUGCACCCAAUCAGCUCGGAGGACCUGCUGUCACUCAAGUACGAGAACGUGUACCCUAACGUCGUCCUGCGGGAGGCCCCGCCCGCCUCCCUGCCAGGGGAAUACUUUUCCAUCAAACAGGAGGUCAUCUCCCCCGACAACAUGUGCGUGGGCCGCAUCAGCAGAGGAAAGCUGGGAGGCCAGGACUCGUUCGAGAGCACGGAGAGCUAUGACAGCUGUGAGCGGCUGACGCAGUCGUGGGGCAGCCAGUCCUCCUACAGCAGCCUGCAGCGCGUGCCGUCCUACGAGAGCUUCGAUUCGGAGGACUACCCCUCCGCCCUCAACGGCCACAAGCACAAGGGCACCUUCAAGGACUACGUGCGGGAGAGGGCCGACCUCAACAAAGACAAGCCCGUCAUCCCCGCCGCCGCCCUCGCUGGGUACACAGGCAGCGGGCCCAUCCAGCUCUGGCAGUUCCUCUUGGAGCUCCUGACGGACAAGUCCUGCCAGGCCUUCAUCAGCUGGACAGGAGACGGCUGGGAGUUCAAGCUCUCCGACCCCGACGAGGUGGCCCGGCGCUGGGGGAAGAGGAAGAACAAGCCCAAGAUGAACUACGAGAAGCUGAGCCGCGGCCUGCGGUACUACUACGACAAGAACAUCAUCCACAAGACCUCGGGCAAGCGUUACGUCUACCGCUUCGUCUGUGACCUGAAGAGCCUGCUGGGAUACGCCCCGGAGGAGCUGCACGCCAUGCUGGACGUCAAGCCCGACACGGACGAGUGAAAGCCGCGGAGACUGGGGGGAAGGGGACCAGAACCGCCCCGGCUUUGACCAGGGCUCAACGGACGGGCGGACGUCUGUCAGCUGGACGGCUUGACGGGACCGGAGGAGGAGUCUCCUUUUUUUUUUUUGACGUGCGUUUUUCAGUUCAUCUUUCCGUUUGACGUUCAUCUCAGAGGGACUUCACCAUAACAAGUAGCGAAUAAGAGGUGCAUUGAUGUUUGCCGUCUUUGCAUCCGGGACCAAGUGCGUGACGUGCGCGUGCAGGUGUAGUUCUGAAUGUGUGCAUUCAAACACGAGCUGUAGGUAGGCAGCGCAAGGUAAAUACAAAAUCGAAGUGAUAGGCCUUUUCCUUCAAAUAGCACAAGAAAACCGUCAUGGCGGCCAGCUAGAAUUUUGGGAGGGGUUUUUUGAUGUUUGUAACCUGGACAGAAUGCUCUUUCAACAGAAGCUGGGGCACAGUUCUCAGUUGGGACCAAAGUAUUUUUCCUUUUUUUUUUCUUCUUUUUUUUCUUCUUUUUUUUAUGCCAGUAUUAUCAUCUGAACUCAAAUUCCUUGUUUCAUCCAUUGUUUAACUGUUAGCUUCUGUAGAAUGAUUUUCAGAUAAAUAUUGGGGUGCUCAAAACAUUACCAACAGGACUAAGGCACAGGUGCAAGUCUCAGAACAUGCACAUAAUAAUAAUGAUGAUAUAAUGGUAUAAGAUGGAUUGUAGGAAGCAGUAAUUUUUCAAUUUGAAGCACACGUAUAAUAGCGCUUCUGUUUUUUGGCCAAAAUGGGAAAGCACAAUAGAAAAAAAAACCGAGUGCACUCACAACUUUAUGUAAUAUAUUUUAAGCUUUUCCUCGUAACCAUUGCUGGCAUCUAGAAGCCAUAAUUAGAUUUUGUUCUACUCAGGUUUAUUCAUGCAUUUUAAAGAACAUAAUUUGUCUCACAGGUUUACACUGAAAAAUGAAGGAAAUAAUUUGAAUCAAAAGCGGGACUUCCUGUCCCAGGGAGAAUUGAGUUAGUGUUUGAGCUUUGUUGAGGAAAAGUAGAUUACAUUGACUGCUUCUUAGCCAUUCGAGAUAACGAACCGUUUCGCUCAUUUUCAUAAGCGUUAAACAAGCCCAAAGGCAGGCACUCAUACUGAGAGUCUGGUUUUCAAACUGAAAGUGGCAGUUGCUUUUCUGCUGUCUCUGUCACCUUUAAGCGCAGUCUUCACGACUUAAAAGAAGAAUAAAAAACAGGGUGCCCUUAACCAGUGACACAUUGUCAGCUUUUUGGCAACUGGGGUUACAAGAGCUCUGAGCAUCAUGAGCCACACGUUUGUGCCUUAAAACCAGCUGUCAGGAGCUCAGUGUUUUAAGACGAAGGGCUCCGUUUUAAAAGUACGUCAGGGAAGUUGUCGAAGGUUACCUUUCGCGUACCAUGACUUCGCUGCCUCUUCAUAUGCCAAACGCAGGCUUCAGUAGACAUUCCUGGAUGCCAUGACGGACGCAAGAAGGUAUUGAAAGUAGCGUAAUUGAAUUGAGCCAUUUGCUGGAGAUUUAGAUGCAGCAUUACCCUCCCCUCAUAAAGACUGAAUGUACUGUAUCAUUGUUUUAUUGUAGCAGGUAGCAGGGCCUUGGAAAGCCGACCAGCCUUGUGUGCUCACAUUGUGUGCGAACAGCAAGCUUCGUGGCUUAGGAGAACAGCUUUUGUGCAGUUUUUGUUUUAUGCUUGGACAGAACAAACGGGUGAAUAGGUUUGAAGGUUUCAGGGAGCCCGGGGUGUGGGCUGUAGGAGGGGGUAUGUACGAGGCUUUGGAGGCCGGUAGAUAUUUCUGUAAGACUGGAGCAGGUGACAGUGAUAAACUGAACUGAGACACGGCCUCUGCUUGUUGCUUUAUCAGUAGCUGAUUGAAGGAGAUGGCUUCGAGGGCAUCGACUGUGGGAAAAGUAGCAUUUUCCUUGAGUGCUUUGAACAGUGAUAAAGUAGUAUUUCUCUUGAAGGGACUUUUGUUUCCUGAUGUGUUUUUGUGCUUUCUGUGGCUAUCCGAGGACCAAACCGUUACGGAAGAAAUAUUUUACCAAAGUGCUUUUUUAAAAAAAUAAAAAAGUGUAUUGCAACAGUGAGUGCUAUAUUGAAUGCUAUAAAAAAAUAGAAGUCUCCAUCUACAGUAUACUCUCCCUCUUCUCAGUGGGUAGAUUUCCAUAAAUAUGUCCAACACAAAAAGCCAAAGUUCUAUAACCUUAAAUCGAAAUGUUAUUGUUUACAAUGUUACCCAUCAGAUUGUCACAGUUACUGUUAUUUGUUUAUAUAUUUUACAAAGUUUUUAUAAUGAGACCUCGAUCAACCAAAGUAUCAGUCAUAACCAAAGGCCUGUGAAUUGUCACGAUGGGGACCAGAACUGCUUUGCCUUAAGUUGUCCUUAUUGCUUGGUGUUGCUUACAUUUCUUAUAGUGGUUGGAUUUGGCAGUAACUUCUAACAGGACAGUAUUUGCUGUAGAUUGGCUUUCUACAGCCCAGAACUACGGUUUGCUUUUGCCAUCCUCUGCACCUGAAAAAGCAUUCCAGUCCACUCAUCCUCAUUGUCUAUGCAGUCAGUUUUAUUGAGCUUACUUGGUCAUGUUACUCCAAAGAAUCUUGACUCAAGCUCUGUACCUGUAGCUAAGACACUCCUAUGAAUACAAGGCUUAAAGCACAGGGUAAAUCAUGCAGUAUGGUGUGCUUUAAAAGAAAUAUGUUUAGCAAACAGCGGCCAUUUUGUUGACCUGAUCAGAAUGAAAGAUGCUUUGGGCUUGUCGAGGACAGCAGCAAUGGGACGCCCUUUCCUUUUUCAAUUUGCUCCCUUGUGUAAUAACUUUCAUAAAACCAGAUUAGCGACCGUUUCCUGCAGCGCUUCAGGCUGUUUUUAGUCAGAAUGUGAGCAGUUUUAUUGCAUGGACCAUGGACCGUACAAAGCCAUACAAAUGCCUACCACAGAGUAUUCAACAAGGAACACUUUUUUUAAUGUCCUUGUUGCUUUUUUUUGUAUUUUUAUAGUGUCUGUAUUUUUAUGUUAUUGAGAUCAUUUUAUGUAUUUGUUUUACAGCUGUUGAAUAUUUUUCAGAUAAUUUAUGUUUUAUAAACGUUGAAAUAUGAAAAGCAGACGGCUUGUGACAUUGAGAAAUAAAAGUUGCGUAGCAUAAUAACUGUAUCGGUGUCCAUUUUUAUACAAAUAUUAAGCCUGUCUGCGAAUUUAAAAUGGAAGAGUAAGAAGGCUGAUGCGGGCCCAUCAUUGAUUUUUAUUGCAAAGUUUUAUAAAUUGUAAUUUUAUUAUUUUUUCUUCUAAUUAUGUUAUGUUAUUAAAUAAAUCUAUGUGAACAGAAAA